AUGAGGGGGACAAACCACAGCACCACAACAGAGUUCGUCCUUCUGGGGCUCCAGGAGCAUCACGCCCUCGAGCUGGUCCUGUUCCUGUGCUGCCUGGGCAUCUACUCCAUGAAUGUGCUGGGAAACUCCCUCCUCAUCGUGCUGAACAUGCUGGACCCCCGCCUGCACACCCCCAUGUACUUCUUCCUCAGCAACCUCUCCCUCAUAGACAUCUGCGGCACCUCUGCCUUUGUGCCUCUCAUGCUGGUCAACUUCCUGAAAGUCCAGAAGACCAUCUCCUUCCCUGGCUGUGCCCUGCAGAUGUUCCUCACCUUGGCCAUGGGCUGCAUAGAGUGUCUGCUCCUGGCCGUGAUGGCCUAUGACCGCUAUGUGGCCAUCUGCCGGCCACUGAGGUACCCAGAGCUCAUGAGCAUGCGGAUCUGUGUGCGGAUGGCCCUGCUGAGCUGGGGCACAGGCUUUUCCAACUCACUGCUACAGUCUAGUUUCACCUGGAGCCUCCCCUUCUGUGGCCACCAUGUCAUCAACCACUUCUUCUGUGAGAUCUUGGCUGUGGUCAAACUGGCCUGUGGGGACAUCUCUCUCAAUGCCCUGCUAUUGAUGGUGGCCACCGUCGUCCUGACGUUCACCCCCUUUCUGCUCAUCUGCCUGUCCUACAUCUUCAGCCUGGCCACCAUUGUCAGGGUCCCUUCUGCUGCAGGCCGGCGCAAAGCCUUCUCCACCUGCUCUGCCCACCUUACCGUGGUGGUGAUUUUCUAUGGGGCCAUUGGCUUCAUGUACUUCAACCCCAGCGCCAAGGACCCCCAGUGGGAUAAGAUUAUUGCCCUGUUGUAUGGGAUCUUGACCCCCUCCCUGAACCCCAUCAUCUAUAGCCUGCGCAAUGCAGAGGUGAAGGCUGCUGCCUCCAUGCUGCUGCGGGGAGAGCUGCUCUCCAGGAAGCUGUCCCACCUCUCCUGCUGGCCUUCCCGCUUGGGCUGA